AUGGAGAUGGAGCCAGCAAGCACACCAGAAGUAGGCAAGAAAUUAUGGCACAUAGUACGAGUUAUAUUGUUCAUGGUAAGAAAAGGUAUAGCAAAGAGCAGAAUAAUUGCUGAUCUCCAUUUGAUGCUAAAACGAGGUAAUAAACUAGCAGGAAAAGCCAUAGGCAACCUCUUGUUCCACAACUACCACCACUCCUCUUUCAGUUGCCGCUCCAAUGACGCACUUUCCUUCACAUCCCCACGAGAAUAUGAGUUUAGCUGCAGCAAUACUCCAGCUAAUAGUUUCUACCCUUUUUCCACCCACAAACGCAAACACCAUCAUUUUGCCAAGUCUUACAAGUAUAACGAUGUCACCACCGUUGCUUCUGUGCAAAAGAUGCUUGAAAUGCUAAACAAUCAUGAGGUUAACGCUACCGUUGAAGCAUCACCAUUGACGCUGCCAGGAUUUGGAAAGAGCCCCAUGGUGAGACAGUUGAGAAUAACUGACUCACCUUUCCCCCUAAAAGAUGAAGGAGACAGUCAAGUAGACAAGCAAGCUGAGGAAUUUAUCAAGAAGUUCUACAAGGACUUGAAGUUGCAAAAAACUACUGCUUCUGCCUUUGAAACACCGAACCAUGACAUGUGGGGUAGAUAA